AUGGAUUUUGAUCACUUCAUCGGUCUCUGUGGCCGAUCGCUAUUCGCCGAGGAAUACCGGGGUAACCUAGAUGCCGCCUGGGAAUAUUUGCAGCAAAAGCGGCCGAAUACAGACUCUGUGGAGCCUAACAUUCAGGCUGAGUACCUGCGUUGCGCGUCCGUCUACUCGAUCUUGAUCGGCAGAUUCUCAGAUGCAUAUGAGACACUGAAUGCUCUCCAUGAUCUACUUGAUCUUCUGCCUCAGGAAUGGGGCUUGCGGUAUACCAACUACAAAGUGCUUGCCGACUAUACCCGCCGCUUCCCUCCGGCACUCCAGUUCUAUCAUGAAAAUGGAAACCCGCUCGACACCGUGAUGCUAGGCGACAUCAUCGGCACCAUCGAGAUCAACAAAAGGUUGAUGCAAAAUGUGCACAAGUACCUUUCGCCCGGUAACUCGCGGGACCAGGGCCUAUGUCUGAUUCUAGGAGCCGUACUUGCCUUCCCGAUAAAUUCUAGAUAUCUGAGCGGUCAUUUCCAUCCUCUCUCCUGCCAUGUCUCUUACCAUACACCAGAGGCCGAUCCAAUACCAACGAUAACGCAGCGUGCGCAGAACCUCCAAAAGUUCCGUGACAGCGCAGAUGCAAACUUGGCUACAGGAAUCGCAACGUAUCUCAACCUGCUCAUCUUAAAACUCCAUUUGUCAUGCCAGAACUCACCAGCGACAGCUUUGGAGGACCAUUUCAAGCGAUGCAGCAGACUCAACGACCAUGCCGGAAUGGGAAAUUGCAAGAUGAUUGAGGGCGACAAUCAUAUCAGUCCCGCGUUUACCAGCCCUCUCUCAUUGAAUCUGGUCAUAGUCAACUUUUCAUCAUGUAUAGGAGAGGAUGCUAAUUGGGACCCGGUCGGAUGUGGGCUCAAGUUUGACUACUCUUCAGAAGCUCAAACUUGCUAUGAAGAUGCCCUCAAUUUGUUCAGGACUGCUGGUUGCACACGAGGACAAGCGGCGGUAGUGCUUCGUCAGGCAUGCUGCCUGCACCACCAAAUACGUUAUCAGCGAGCCUCCAAGAAUCAAAGCUAUGUUUCGAAUGUUCUUGGUAAGGUGGAUUCAAAAUUGCAAGAGGCAUUGAGGCUGUUUGGCAAGGAUGAAGCCAAUGUGCAGAUUGUCAAAGCUCACCAGUUGUUGUUGCAAAUUAGUAUGGGAAAUCCUCGAAGUGCCAAGACGACUGCGAGUGAACUUGGAGAAUGGGGAGCUCAGUCCAAGAAUGAGAACUUGACUCACUUUAUCGGGCUUCUGCUGUCGCGAUUUGCGCGCCAAGAAUGGGACACGUUCUCCAAUUUUGAUGCAGCGUUACUAGCAUGGGAGUGUGCCUAUGGAGUUUUGAAGCCGAUAGGGGAUGAGAUUCCACUGAUUCAGUCCGUUGUUUGUCGGGCAUGGGUGCAACAUGGCACACAUAACAAUGCGGCAUGCCGACUGCUCAUCGAGGAAGCUAUUUCCAUGGUGGAUCAAUUAUCCAUAUACUACGAUACGCGGAUCAAAUCCGCAUCUCAUGAACAUGAUCGGACGAUACUGCUUACCAGCAAAUUCAACCUCUUUUGGACUCUUGGUAGAACCGUGGGCUGUAUUUGGCUCCGCCUGGAUGAUCUACAGGCCUUUCAAACAUGGCAAACAAAACUUGCAUAUUGGAUCGAGAACGAUGAGAGUUUCCUAAGCUGGCGCGAAAGAUUGCAGAAUAUGGAAGGUAUAAAGGACAAGGGCUCGGAAAUUUCGCAGGGGAUGCUGAGAAGUCUCUGGCAUAAGGUAAUGGCCGAGGAUGCAGCGAGAGUUAUGCACGGUUCGGCCGACAUACAGUAUCGAAAAAUUCUGGAAGAUGGGGAUGUCGUCAAAGCAGAAGACAUCCUUCGCUCGUUUGUCAAGAGCUCAGAGAUUUUAGAGGCGCCAUACUCCAGAGAUUUCUACCGGAUCCUGGCCUGUGAGCGGAUUGGCGAUUUGGCUAAGGCGCGCGAGAUUUUGGACUCGGUCGAUGACAACGUCCUUUUCGAUGAGAGUCUCGAUGAUUUCAAAGCCGGCAAGAACCUCUCGAAGUUCCCGCUCAUGGCAGGAAACGCUCUUACCUUCCUGAUGUAUGGUGAAGACAUGGAGCGUGCUCGCCGAAUUCUCAAUCUCAUCGUUCAGAUUUCGCCCACCUUUUUUGAGUCAAAUGCAAGCGCCAUAGACCUUGCUGAGCAGAUGGGAAACUACGCUGCAAUCAUGAAGGAAAUCGAGCCCGAAAUUUGUUUCAAAAAGUUACUUGAAGCCCGUCAGAUUAUCGAAACUAUGCGGGUCCAGACCAAAGACUUGGAUGCCAGGAUAGGAACCGCCACGUCUUCUUGGGUUGGAGAAGUGUAUCUCAAUCUUGCGCGGAUUUGCCUGUCCACUUCCAUUUCUGACACACCUUUUGAAUGGCCCACAAAAUUCGACCACGGGCAUUUCGAGAGUAUCUCUUGGGCUGAACAUGCUCUAUUAUUUGUCGAAAUGAGCAGGGCACGCGCGGUCCUUGAAUCUCUGCAGCAACAAGCAAAGGAUUUAGGAUCAAUUUCGGAGGCAGUUCACAAGAGACGACUUCUGAGGUCACUACUCUCCUUGAAGUCUUUGACUCCGGACCAAGAGAAGGAAAUUUCCCAGCUGCGAGAAGACAUAGAAGUGCUAGAAGAAGAUGGGACCCUGACCUCCGCGACCGCUUUCAUUGACAGAGUCAAUUCUUCAAUUGAACCGAAGUUGUUGUAUGAGAGCAUUGAUGAGAAUGCUGUUGUGAUUGAAGCGACGUUUGGACCUCGUGGAUGUGUUUCCUUUGCCAUCACAAGGGAUGGUAUUCUGCAUUUUGCGACAACCCAUUUCCGGAGUGUCGACAUGCGCAGGCCUGUGAUGAAGGCGAUGCAGAUCAUGAGAGAAGUGACAGGUUAUAUUAACGAUGAAGAAACAAAACGCAAAGAAGAACUACAAGAUUUGUCACGGGAAAUUUCCGCAGUAUUGUUGGACCCAUUUGCAGAUAUUAUCAGAUCCAAGUCGCACGUCAUUUUUUCCGUAUCGGAUCCCCUAACUGCUUUCCCAUUCUCGAUUCUCCAUCUUGAUGGGAAGCCCCUCAUUAUGCAUGCUGCUGUGUCUCAAGUCCCGAGCCUCACCGUGAUGCAUUAUUUGUCUCAAAGAAAGUCACCAUCUGAAGCACCAACGGUCUCAGUUCUGGCCAAGUCCCCUACACAAGAGCCAUCUACCGGGAUUAGAGGCGACAAAGAGGUUAACCUACACAUGGCGGGGAUUGAAGCUGUCAAUAUCGCUCGAAUGUUUACUACCUGGCCGAUUGAAGCAUCACACCUUUCCAGGAAAGACUUCCGCCAGUAUGUUGAAGGCGGUUCGCUCAUCAUGCACAUCGGAACCCAUGGAGAUAUUGACCCUCAAAACCCCCUUCUCUCUUCAAUCUCGAUUGGCGAGGGACAAGAGUUCCGUGUCGCAGACAUGCUUGCUAUUCGGAGCCGAGUGAAUCUUCUCGUGUUUGCCGCCUGUCUUAGCGGGUUUGGGAAGGCAACCAGAGGAAGUGAUGUUCUUGGCUUCUCUCAUGUCGUCUUGAGCACUGGCUGUCAGGCCUAUAUCGGAUCUCUUUGGAAGGUCAGUGACUUUGGCUCCAUGGUCAUCAUGACGUUGUUCUAUGGGCAUUUGAAGCGUAACCCUCAUUUGGCGGUGGCGGACGUCAUGAGGAUGGCUCAGUUAGAUCUUCUGAAGUUGGAUGGUGAUACUGCUGGGACACUCCUCGACGACAUGCUACAGGGCUGGGGCGUUGCGACUCGAGAAAGUCAUAGUCCGACAGAAUUCGUUCCCGACGCAGAGUUCCUUUUGUUUACAUUGAAGAUGAUCCUCAACCAGUUGGACUGGAAUAGCCCAUUCUACUGGGCGCCAUUUACACUUGUUGGUUACGGGGGCUUCAGAUUUAUGCAUUAA